AUCAUUCUACAGAGUUGACUCACACUGCGCGUAUGACUUGGCCAGCUGUGCUGUGCGCUUGCAAAUAAAAAAAGAGAAAAAAUAGUGUAUCAAGAUUUCACUUUGUUUUUAAACAUUAUUAAACAAUAGUCGAAAUUACGAGUGUGUGUGGCAGUUUAAGCAAAAGUUUUUUGUGGUUUGUUUGCGGUGCGCGCGCGUCUCAAUUGUGUUUUUGUUCUUUUUCUCGUAUUAAGCACAGUGAGAGAUGUUCGGGGUCUUAAUGCGGCUGCCGCAGUCGCUGCUACGCGAAACAUAAAAGAAAUUUGCUGUUUGCCGCCGACGUCAUCGAACACGCAUACAUAGCGAGAGACACUAAACACACACACACACACAUGCACUAAGCAGUCAUUGAAAUUGUUGCUGGAUAUGUGAAUUAUGAAAGCAAUUUAUCAACUGGAAAUCGAACAGCGACAACAACAAACCACAAACUGUCUGGCCAAGCAAGAAGAAAUACGCGAAGCACAACGAAACAAUAAAAGCGUUCAUUGAUCGACGCGUCACAGCAACAGCAACAACAACAGCAGCUGCAGCGAAGGGUUGGAAGUGCAAGAGUAAAAGAGAGAGAGAGGCGCAUAAGAUUCGCAGCUCUCAUCAGCAAUUGGCUGGAGUGCUACAACUACAACUACAACUUGUUGCUUACACUAAACUUACACACAUACACACGCACAUAGUCAGCUGUGUGCGUGUGACCUUUGGCGGCGUUUCCCCUCGAGCAUUUUGUGUUCCGCAGCAUGGAGGAGCAAAUGCAGCUGGAGCUGCAGCCCCUUAAUAAGCUGCAGCAGCAGCUCAGCAACGGCGAAGCAAGUGGAGAACAAGUGGAGCAAGUGCAGCAAGUGGAGGAGCAGCAGCCACAGCCGAAACAACAGCCACAACUCAAACUCACCAUCAACACGUCAAGCAACUCGAUCAACGAUUAUGUGGCCACCACAACAGAACAGCUGCCCGUGAUACCAGCAAUCCAGCAAACUUGCAGCACGCCCAGCACACCGCUGCCACAGCCGCAACCAGUUGAGCCCGUGGCAGGCACAUCGCGGCAACUCUUCAGGGAGGCGGCUAACGCUCACGGCGGCCAGGAGUCGUUGGCGCUGCUGCAGCAGGAGAUUAGCAACAUUGCGGCCACGCAAAUUCCGAAGGUGUACAGCGACAGUUCGAUGCAGGACACGACGGUGUCGAGGAAUCCCUCGACGAAGCACGAGAAGAAGAUCGGACAUCGUCGGGUGGCGGAGGGCGGUGAGGUGACGUACAAGAAGAUCCAGUCGAAGCAGAUCAUGGGCUCCAUUCAGCUGGGCAUACAGCAUACGGUGGGCAGCUUGGCGAGCAAACCGAAGCGAGAUCUGCUGAUGAACGACUUCUGGGAGAUGGAGACAAUUGCCUUUCCCCCGGAGGGUUCUUCGCUAACGCCUGCGCAUCACUAUAGCGACUUUAGGUUCAAGGUCUAUGCACCGAUAGCGUUUCGUUACUUCCGCGAUCUGUUCAACAUUGAACCGGACGAUUUUCUCAUGUCCAUGGUGGCGUCGCCCAUGCGCGAAUUGUCCAAUCCGGGUGCAUCGGGUUCGAUCUUCUAUCUGACGGACGAUGAUGAGUUCAUCAUCAAGACGGUGCAGAAGAAGGAGUGUGAAUUUCUGCAGAAACUGCUGCCUGGUUACUAUAUGAAUCUCUCGCAGAAUCCGCGAACGCUGCUGCCCAAGUUCUUUGGCCUCUACUGCUUUCACUACAACUCGAAGAAUGUGCGACUGGUGGCCAUGAACAAUCUGCUGCCUUCGGACAUUAAGAUGCACUCCAAAUACGAUCUAAAGGGUUCCACCUUCAGACGUAAGGCGUCGAAGGCAGAGCGCCAGAAGGCGAGUCCCACGUUCAAGGAUCUCGACUUUGCCGAGCAUCAUCCCGAUGGCAUUUUCCUCGAGGCAGACACUUAUACGGCACUGAUGAAUACCAUCAAAAGGGAUUGCAUGGUGCUGGAGAGUUUCCAGAUUAUGGAUUACUCCCUGCUGGUUGGCAUACACAAUCUGGACAUUGCGGCCAAAGAGAAACGCGAAGAGCGCAUUCGCAAUGCGCGAGCGAAGCUUCAGCGCAAAGAGGGAAGCACAGCAGCGGCGGCGCCUUUGGCCACGUCAAACGAUGACGAUGCACCCGAAGCGGAUCAGGUGAAUCAGCUGCAUGCGGUCGCCUCUUACGCAUCGAUACCGGGCACCUCGGCAGCGGGUUUGAAUCGGACGCGCAGCAUGAAUCGCCAGCGUUUGGUGGCACAUUCCACGGCGAUGGAGUCCAUCACCGCCGAUCUGGAUGCCACGAUCGAGGAGGGCGACGAUGAGCCAAAGGGCGGCAUUCCCGCACGCUCGUCGAACGAUGAACGCUUGCUGCUCUACAUUGGCAUCAUUGAUAUACUGCAAUCGUAUCGACUAGAGAAGAAGCUGGAGCACACAUUCAAGAGCAUACUGUACAAUGGUGACACGGUCUCCGUUUGUCGGCCGUCGUUCUAUGCGAAGCGCUUCCAGGACGCCAUGGGCAAGCAGGUGUUCAAGAAGACGCCCACAUUUCCGCUCAAACAUUCCCCCUCGAAGCGCAAGACCUCCACCACUCAACUACGCACGCCACUCCCCCGCACUCCCGCCUCCAAUGCGGCAAAUGUGACGGUGAACGGGGGCGGCGGCGGAGGGCGGCCAGUGAAUCUGGCCAUGUUGUCGGGCAUGUCGACGCCGCCGCCUGCGUUCGAUGACAUCUCCGAGGAGGAUAUCACGGCUGCUGUAUCCACCACAACGCUGCAGCAGCGCAGCAGCAAUAGCAACAGCAACAUUGGGAACAGCAUCGAGAAGCGUCGUCUGCAAUCUCCGUACUCUUAUGACAGUUCCAUGCGCAGCAGCAGCGCCUUGACCAGCGACUACAGCGACGAUGAGUCCACGACGGGGGGCACAGAUCACGACGCGGCACCAACAGCACAGACACUGCAUCUGACCAAGACGAGUGUGCAGGUGACCACGGUGGGCUAUGUGGAGGAGACGCCUGCGCAUAUGGUGGAUGUGAAUGGGAAGCCUGCAACGGUGUUGCAUGCCACCACAAAGACGGCGCACAUCCAGGCGCCCAGCUACACAUCCACGCUGCUGGUGAACGAUGUGCCGCGAUGAGGAUUAGAGAGAGAGAGAGAGAGAGAGAGGAACGAGAAGGCGAUGGCGAUGUGUAAUAAAUAUCCUGUUUACCUACCCUACAGAUUGGUGCUGGCUUUCACUGAGAACACUGUAAUAUCAACACACUCCCACACCCCUCCACCCGCUGCGUUGUGUGUGGCAUGUGGCAAGCGCGAAAGCGAGUGUGUGUGAGUGUGCCUCUCAUAUUCGAUGUGGCUGCUGCCGCGCGCACAGCUCGUUUAUCUUGAUUAAACAAAUACGAAAAAAACGAAUAUGUGUAUUCGAUAUGAAAAUUUAUGUGGCGCGUUUGUUAAUUGACUGCCACACACUCACACACAUACACACACACACACUCGCGUUACUAUGCAACAUGUUAGAGAGCAAACGAAAAGCUGAAAUGAAAAGGAAAUCCUAGCAAAAAAAGAAUUCGACUCAAUUUGCUUUUUAUUUCGCUUUUCGUCUCCCCAUUAAAAUUUAUAAUUAUUUUCAUUUUCCUAUCACAUUUUGUUUGUCCUUUUUCCUUUUUCCAUUUUCCAUUUUUUUUUUCUGUUUGUGUUCGUUUUUGCUUUGGUUGUAAACUCGACUCGUAAUAUUUGUCUGUGGCCUUCAUUGGAUAUAGGUUCUUGAUAUUAUCUCUAUAUGUAUUACUGUUAGUCGCAAGUUUUCUCUGCACAUAGCGAGAGAAGACUUUACAAAAUGCUUUAGCGCAAACAAGUUUGACAUUGUUAAUCUGUGUAUUUUUGUAUUAUAAAAUGCGUUUAUCUGUAUGCUAGGAUCAUAUUGUAUAUACUUAACAGAUUUAAUGAAAUAAACGAAAUU